AUGGCGUCUUGCUCAUUUUCGUUCAUGAUAGAAGACACUGGUGGCUGUGGCCAUGGUCUCACGGUAACUCUGAGAGAAUGCCAAAAGGAUAUUACACAGCACCUUAACACGAUGAAUGUAUUCGGAGACGACAAAAAUGUUGACGAAAUGAAAUUAAUCCUCGCUCGUGCAGGUGAGUAAAAUAUUUUCCAUGUACUAGUUUUUAGCUAAAUUGAUCUUAUAUAAGAGCAUCUAUGUUUUCGCCACCAAAAUAGUAAGUAACAACUGACUUUGUAAACUAUAGGGAUAUUCUGUGAGGAUGAAACAAAAAAUAAUCUGACGAUCUGCCCGCACCAUCGCGAUGUAUAUGGUCUUCGAUGGCGGUCCAACAAAAAAUAUUGUGCAGUUCCACCCGGGAUUGCCGCCCACAAGUCUACCACAGUAAAGGGCGAUAGAGGUAUCAGCUUUGCCCAAUCAGAGCUAAUAUAUCAGCAAUCUGGUACCCUUGUACCCAUCGGAAGUCGUAAGUAUAGAUACGAGGGUAAGUAG